AUGCCAGAGAGAGCAUCCUCCAGAAGAGAAAAGUCACGAUCCUCUCGAAAGUCUUCUGGACGAUCGAAAAACCGAGAAGCAGAUGAAGAUCCUUCCGAGUCAUCGCAUGCAUCGAACCAUGAGUUAAGUGAAAGAAGCGGCGGGAAAGCUCGUGAACGUCGUAGUAGAUCCGGUCGUAGAUCUACUGCCAAAUCCGAAGAAGCUUCUCGAGACACUGCUGAUGCUAAGAAGAAACGAAGAAGCGGCCCAAGGGCAACCAAACCUGGUGCUAUUUCCGCAAAUACCAACGCAAAUUCUGUUGAUCGUAGAAAGGAAAGGAGCGCUACCAAGACAUCCAAGCCAGGUGCUGUUCCUGAAAAAGCCACUAGGAGCUCCGAUCUUCGGAAAAAGGAACGAAGCUCUCGUAGUAGGUCAUCCAAGCCAGGUGAUACUCCUGCGAAAGCCAGCAGGAACUCGGAUGAUCGAAAAAAGGAGCGAAGAUCUACUCGAGCAUCGAAUCCAGGUGCUGUUUCUGAAGAUGUAAUGACGAAUCGCGAGAGAAGAAAAGAAGAAAGGGCCGCCAGCUCCUCAAAUCAGACAACGGCACCUUACGUCGCAGAGAAUAUGUUGGAGGCGUCAACAGUGGAUGAUACCACUGAGGGAGAUGCAAUUGAGCAAAUCACACGAAAGUUUGAGCAACAGGAACAGAAACGGCAACAAGAAAUAGAAGAGCUCAACCAGAGACUUGCAAACAAGAAAGCUGAAGAAGAAGCAAAUGUUGCUGCAGCACGAAAGCAGCGAAAAAAGCGGAUCAUCAUUACUGUUUUGUGCUUCGUUGCUCUCAUUGCCGCCGGAGUUGGUGCUUUCUUUGCUCUUUACAAGGGUACAACUUCCGUGACACAGAUACUCGUAACUCCGCAGUACGAUCCACCCAGUGAAGCUGAGUGUCGCGCCAUCACCAGGAACGAAACCAUAGCUGGACAAGCAGACUUGGAGAAUGCGGAUCUUGAUAUGAGUUUUGAUGUCACUAUUGAUUCGGGUUGCGACAUUUCUACUCCACAGGUGCAAAUUCUUCUGAUGGCUAUUCAAGAGAAGCUUCUUCCACCCUUGAUUGGAUGCUCCAGUGAGACUGACAGUCGCCGUGGACUGGUACCCGACAACGAGCAGCCAGAACUUGUCAUUGGAGAGAAUCGCUUUGUGAUUUUGAAUGCAUAUGUCACGGGUCGAGUCGAUCCGGAUGUGGUCUGUGGCAACACUCAAGAUGAUUCGAAGCCUUUUCAUAGAAUCUCAGUGAAGGUGAUUCUCACUUUGAAAGGACCUGUUGAAGAAUCAGAUCUCAUCCUUCUAACCUUUGAUCAAGUCGAUGAGUUAUUGAACGAAGGAGGACGAGACGAUGACAACUUGAAAGAUCCAUUCGGUUUGGAUGUCUCAUUCUCCGAGGUACGGUUGGUCAAAAUUGAAGAUCAAUAUGUAUCAACGGCUUCAUCAGCGUCUCCAUCAGCGGCACCAUCGUCAAGUCCCAUUCGAACGACUUCUCAAGCCCCAAGCUCUUCACCACCAAGAGCCACCUCAUCAGCUCCAUCAACGAGACCUACGUUGGCACCAGUGGUUGACUCAACGCCUCCACCAACUGCAAGAAUCCAGACACCAGAGCCCUCAAUGAGACCUACCUUGGCUCCUGUAGUUGGUCCAACGCCUCCGCCGACUGCAAGCCCAACUGCCAGACCCUCCGAUACGCCAAGUCUACGUCCUUCCACCACACCAUCUUUGUCACCAACACUUGCUCCAGUGGUGGGCCCAACUCUUUUGCCCUCAAGUACACCAUCAAAUGUACCAUCAAGAGUACCAAGUUUGUCUCCUUCAGUUCUCGCAAGUGAAGGUCCAUCUGCCAAUCCAUCAAUUGGAGCAAGCAUUGCACCAUCUGCCAAUCCAUCAAUCGAACCAAGUAUGUCUCCAUCGUCAAAUCCAUCAAUGAAACCAAGUAUGGCUGCAUCCACCUUUCCAUCAAUGAAACCGAGUAUGAUUCCAUCUACCGCCCCAUCCACGAAACCCUCGCAAUCUCUCACAGUAUCCCAACAAUGCUUUCAAAGCAACAGUGAACUCAGCAGUCAAGUCGACAACUGGUUUGGUACCGCCUUGCAAAAGACAACCGUCGAGAACACAUAUGGUCCGAUUGGAGACUGGUGCUUUGGUGCUGGUGUCACCAGUAUGUCUGGACUCUUCUCUUUUAGGUAUACCUUCAAUGAAGACAUUUCAAACUGGGAUGUUUCUUCUGUGUCAGAUAUGAGCAAGAUAUUCUGGGGAGUAGGACCCUUCAAUCAGGACUUGUCGUCCUGGGAUGUAUCUUCUGUGACUGACAUGAGUUUCAUGUUCGAUGGUGCAUCAAACUUCAAUCAGGACUUAUCAGGAUGGGAUGUAUCUUCUGUGACUGACAUGAGUUACAUGUUAAGCCGCGCAACACCUUUCGAUCAAGACUUGUCAUCCUGGGAUGUUUCUUCUGUGACUGACAUGAGUUUCAUGUUUUAUGAGGCAUCGUCCUUCAAUCACGACAUAUCAUCCUGGGAUGUUUCUUCUGUGAGAGAUAUGAGUUCCAUGUUCAGUUCUGCAACAGCCUUCAAUCAUGACUUGUCAUCCUGGGAUGUAUCUUCUGUGACUGGCAUGAGUUCCAUGUUCGAAUUGGCAGAAGCCUUCAACCAAGACUUGUCAUCCUGGGAUAUUUCUUCUGUGACUGACACGAGUUUCAUGUUCGCUGCUGCAACAUCCUUCAAUCAGGAUCUUUGUGCGUGGGGUUCUUCGCUUCCGAGCAAUGCUAAUGUUUUUUUUAUGUUCCUUGGUUGCGCUGGUGAAAGUGGUUGCCCAUCACUUUUCGAUCCAGACCUCGGUGCCACUCCACCAGGUCCAUUCUGCCACAUAUGUGUCCCUACACUGUAG